UAGGCGUCCCGAUUUCCGUAUGAUGUCGUGGCGUUGCGCAAAGGCUUUAGCUACGUUAACAUAACAAGGGAAGGCAGACGCUACAUGUAGAACAUUUUGCUUAAAUUCCAUCACAUAUUACAAACGCAAACCUUACCAUCACAUAUAUUACCUGCAUUUUCAAGAGAUCAAAAUGAGGCGCGCUGGGUUAGGUGAAGGGGGACAAACAGGAAAUUAUGUGGCAAGUGGAUACAGUGUUUAUGAGGAAGAAAACGAACAUUUACAAGAGGGUUUAAGAGCCAAAGUCAGUGCUUUGAAACAUCUAUCAAUUGAUAUUGGAACUGAAGUUAAACACCAUAAUAAUAUGUUGCAAGAUAUGGACACAGAUUUUGAGUCUACUGGUGGUCUUUUGGGGGCCACUAUGGGUAGAGUGAAGCUGUUGGCCAGGGGCAGCCAAACCCGGAUCUUCUGCUACCUGUUUCUGUUUGCGCUUUUUGUAUUCUUUGUCCUCUAUUGGGUAAUUAAACUUAGGUGAUGGCGAUACCAAAAGACACAUCUCUCCAACGUGUGCCAUGCUUUUUCUGGACCGCAUACUCAGGAUGAAAAGAGCGCCGCUUUUUGUAUUAAUGUGAAUCCUUACAUGUCGCCCCACAUUAAUUGAAGACUGUGCAGUACAGUUGUUGAUGCACUAUAGCAAACUGGGGAGGAAAAAACACUGCCAUGGAUCAUCACCAUUCCCAAUCACAGAUUUGUCAGUGUAAAAGGGUCUGAUGUGGUAUUUUCUCGAUCCUGUUGGAGUGGGUAAAACGACAUUGCUUCUCAUUCAUAGAAAGGUUUUCAUGUAGUAGUUCUGCAAGAUGUUGUCUCUGCAUGUAAAUUAUUUCAGUACUUCAAGUUGCGUGAAGACGAAACCGUUAUCAACUAAUUUUUGAUAAUUCAAGGAAUAGUGAAUAAAAGAGCAGCAGGAGUGCCUGAAGAAUAGUUGAUAUUCUUAGGUCUACCUGUUCAGAGUAACUGUAUUGAUACUGUUUGACUAGGAUUAAAUUAUUCCACAGGAAAGCUGCAUUGUUUUUUCUAUCUAUAUAUAGGCCAAUCUAUUUUUGUGAAGGUGCAAUGGAAAACAUCAAAGACUGUUGCAUAUUGGGAAGAAACUUGUAAAACACUGCAUCUUGUAAUUAAUACCAACAUUACUUUUAUUAACAGCUGACAUUUGGGUCAAUGUAUCAUUGUUGAAGCAAAAUAAGUCUAUUAGACUGUACAGUUCUCAUCUCUGUCACCCCCAAAAUGAUACUUUUUCAUCCAAGAAUAAGGACAUUUAUGUUAUUUUGUUGUUCACCAGGGGUGUUUAACUGAAUAUUAACAUGUACAGUAAGAUAAAUUGAGCUUUUCAAAAUUGCCUGGAUUGCAACCAGUCAUUCAUCUGAAAGGAACUGGAGCACUGAUCAUGACACGUUUCUGGCUCGUGAAUUUUGACCCAGAAACAUUUUCACAUUGACACAGCAGUUCUUGCACAUCAAGCUAGAUGUCCAGUAUAAUGUACUUCUUUGCUGUUAAAGAUCUCUAAAUUACCUGUACAGAAUAACACAAAUAAAAUGCAUUUUGGUGUAUCA